AUGCAACGUGAAAAUCAAAACAAUAACAGUGAAAUUUUCUCACGACAACGUUGCAAGAUUUUUACGACAACCGUCACGAUGACCGUUGCAAGAUUCUCACGACAACCGUUACAAGAUUUUAACAUGAAAUUUUCUGUUGCAAGAUUUUUACUACAACCGUCGCGACAACGACAAACAUCGCGACGGCAACCAUCACGACGACAACCAUUACAAGAUUUUAACA